UUAAAGCUUACUCUUAAAAUUAAGGAGCGAGGAUUCGAGAUCGAAAUACUUUACUUAUUUUAUUGUUCGUUAGGGCGAAAAUAUAAAAUAUUAAAGGGUAAAUUAAGGUAUUAUAAGUAUAUACGUUAUAAUCGUUCUUAUAAUAUAACUAUUAAUACUAUAUACGAUUAUAAGUUUCUUUCUUUUUUUAUUAGUAUUUUCUAUAUUAAUUAUAUUUAUAAUAAAUCGUCUUUUAUUUAA